UUCCUUCGCCUCUAAGCAUGCAGAGUAGCACUGUAGCAGUUGUAAAGUAGAGUGUAGAGAUACUUUGCUUAGAGUCUUUGCUCUUCAUAUUCGUCUACUGUAGUCCAUCUCAGUCCAAUCAAACUUUCGAAAAAGAAACUUUUAUUUUUCGAUUAAAGUUGACUCAUGGAUGAAUCAAUGAGCCUGUAGACCAAGGUUUCCUCGAUUGUCUAAAAGUCUAACAGACAGAUACACACACACUCAUAGCUCAUUCUCUCUCUCUCUCUCUUGUGCUUUUGUAAUUUUGUUGUUGGGUUGGUGUGAAUUUGCUCGCCUGUUCGCAUUUCUCGUUCUUAUCUUCAGCUAAGCGUCCGAUCAGCACCAGGGAGAAUGAUGUCUGCGUUCUUGACUUCAAGACUUGUCUAUGCGAUUUUAGUAUCAUCCGCGGCUUUGGGCGUCCGAUCGUCGAUGAAAGACUGGGAGUUCAACUUCAACGUCCCAGGUUGGAAAUGUGAAAGGGGAACAGGAGAUUGUGAGGAAGGUUCAGGAUCGGAAAAGAACACUAACAAAAGCGAUAAGAAUGAAGGUGUUGAUAAUGUUGAAAAUGAUUCCACAGUGCAGGAGAAGAAAAAUAAAAUUUAUGAGCUUCUACAAAAAUGCAAUCACCUUGUUGCAAGGAAAAAUCAGCCACAGCAAUCACCAGAAUCACCAGAACCAGUAGAGGUUGCUAAGCAAAAGGAGAAAGAAAAUGAAAGAUCUCUAGAGCAGGUAAUCAAGGAGAUUGAGGGAGAGGAUGAUGGACUUCCAGGAAGGGUAGAGGAGACUAAAUACAUGGUUUCUAAGGGAAAAGAGAAAGAGAAUGACAGAUGUCAGCAGAAGGAACGCCAACCAGAAUGCAAGAACCACUCAAGGAAAGGACGCCGUAAGUUUGGGAAUGAUAGUAGACAUAAUCAUCCUCAAGAAAAGCAUGUGGUAGGACCACCACUAGAGUUUAACUUUUUGGGCUUGCCAAUCCGACCGGGAGAGAAAGAGUGCCAAUACUACAUGCGUACUGGCUCUUGCAAAUAUGCAACCAACUGCUGGUUUCAUCAUCCUGAUCCUACUACCGCGGAGGACGAUUUUCUUUAUAUUUGCAACAACAGUGUCUCCACCCCAUUAUGUUCAUUAGGUUCAUCUGAACAUGCUCCAACAUCUUUCUCUUUGCCAAGAACCUCAAAUGAGACCAUUUCCUACAUGGAAACUUCCUCAUCAUAUGUAUCAGUGCCAUUUCCUGAGCCCCAAGGACUGUACCAAAAUUCUGAAUGGAAUAGUUGUCAGAGCUCACAGUGUCCACAAGAAGGGAAUAUUCGUUCCCCAUCAGUUGUUCUUGAGAGCAAUAUAACAAAGAUAAUGGAUGGCUCUUCACAUCAACAAAAGAUGCCCAUCGAAGAAGGCCCUGUUGGACCUAAUCCUGCAAUUAUUAGAACACAUAACCGGAUGUGCAAGAAUCACCAUCCAAAGAAUAGAGCCCCAAAAUUACCUGUUUGCAAUCUUAGUCCCAUGGGCCUGCCAUUAAGACCUGGUCAUAAUAUCUGCAGACAUUAUAAACGCAACGGGAACUGUGGGUUUGGGCCAGACUGCAAAUUUCACCACCCAGUAAAUUGCAACUCUCAAGCUUCAUGAAUUGUGUGGUGUCCCCUCCAAGUUAUCCCCAUCUUUGGCAUGAGAUUGGAGGGUGGGUAUGGUGGAAUGUGGAAAUGGUGGCCCCAGGUAAGUAAUCAGCAAUGAGCUUGAUUGUAUUCGUCCUGCAUUCCAUUUCUGGAAGGUAUGGUCCUCUGUCUAGAAAAACAAGGUGGCCUCUGAUAAGAGUUGUUGAAUGUGGAAAUGGUGGCAAAGCUCUUAACUAACAGUCUGCAUGAGAUUUUUGUAUAAAUGUAUUCACAUUUUCUAUCAAAGAACAUAACAAAUAGAAUAAAAUGAUGUGCAAUUUCUUUUUUUUUUUAUUUGGAAGGCAGUUUCUUGUUGCCAUGGUUUCUGUAGGCUGACAUAUGUGUGUAUGUGCUUUGUUUUUGUUUUUAAUAGAUGCUAGUCAGCACGGGCUUUAUUUACAAGCAAAAUUGAGGAUGAAGCUCAAUGAAAGUUCCAAUUAAGUGGUACCCA